GCCAUGUCUGACGUGAAACCAUUGUCGUUUCCGCCGAGCAUUUACAAAAGUAUUGCUCCCGGGCAAUAUUUACAACAUUUCCUCGAUAACCAGGUUCGACCAGACGGCCGGACUGUGUCGGAAUUUCGGCCGAGGGUAGUCAACACCCAAUGUAUCUCUACCGCAGACGGCAGUUGCAUUGUUCGUGCUGGUGAGAGCGUUUUCGUGUGUGGUAUCAAGGCAGAAAUUGCUGAACCAGAGCUGGAGGCUCCUUCUCGAGGCUGGAUUGUGCCCAAUGUUGAGAUGGGACCCUUGUGCAACGGCAAAUUCAAGCCCGGUCCACCUCGUGAACUGGCUCAGGUUGUCUCGGAACAGAUGAAUCAGGUCUUAGAACAAACAUGUCUCGUGCCGCUCGAGUCCCUUUGCAUACGCGAGAAGAAGGCAGCUUGGUGUCUGUACGCUGACAUCGUUUGCUUGAACUAUGAUGGUAAUGCAUUUGACUGCGCGUGGAAAGCUCUCAUGCAUGCUCUUGAAACGACGCGUUUACCCGCUGUCGUUUGGGACGAAGAUGAGGAGCGUGUUGUCUGUGUUCAUGAUGAACGCGCAAAACAUCCUCUUGCCUUAUCUUCACACAUCGAGUCUUUCUCCUGGACCGUCUUCGGAAAUUGUGUUCUUGCCGAUCCAACCGAUGAUGAGGAGUCUCUCUGUGUCGAACGCUUGACAAUCAUGCUUGAUAACGCUGGUCGCAUCUGCAAAUUGGUCAAGAUGGGCGGGACACACAUUCAAAAGGGUUUAUUAAAAGGUUGCUUGCAAAUAGCCAAGGAACAUGUACUUUCGUUAACCGCAUAAGCAUUGUUUCUUUGCCUCUCACUCAUUCGUAGAGCUGGCAAAAACUAGUGAGCAACGCUUUGAAAAAAAAACACGCAAAUACCCCUCUUUCAAAGACUUUUUGCAGUGGAUCCAAUAAAAAAGACAAUAAUUGCCGGGCGAACGGCUGAUAAUGUCUUGCAUGUUUGGAACCGCAGUUGACACGAAUAUCAUGUAGGACAAGUUUAAAAGGUUAAUAAAAGUUCGCAUCUCACACAUAAUAUCCUAAACGAUUCAAACUCAUAUGCAAAGCGAAGGCGCCAUCUUGUUACACAGGUGUAUCGGUUACACUUUUGUUUUAUCAUGUAAUCCCUUUAUUGAUC